AUUAUCAUAUCUAUGGUCCUUUUAUUGGUCCUCCCUGACCUUUGUUUAACCUUGACCCCUUUCUGCUAUCCUGAAGACUCCUGUUUUCCAAGCAUCAGCGUCAUCCAAGCGUUUUCUUCUUCCCUUCCUAACGGAUCAGUUGUAUUUCCUUCUGACAAUAAAACCUACACUAACGUCACAUUGAUGCACAACCUCAUCAGGACUAGUUACCCUUUCGCGGUUGUCAUGGCUAUGUCACGUGACGAUGUCAAAGACACCAUCGCCUUCGCCAGACAAUAUAAUCUGCGAGUGACUGUUCUGGGUACUGGACACGACUUCAAUGGUCGUUCUACGGGGAAUGGCACAUUACAGAUAAAUCUAAGUUUGAUGAAGGGCAGAGAAGUGGAUCUAGAUUCCUGGAGACAUGAAAACGGGACAAUUACCGUGGGACCUGGAAACCAAUGGAUUGAUGUCUAUAGAGAAGUAGACAAGUACGGGAGGGUGAUUGUCGGUGGCAGUGCCCACACCGUUGGUAUGGGCGGAUACACUCUAGGAGGGGGACACAGUCCAAUCUGUCGAUUCUAUGGAAUGGCUGUUGAUAAUUUACUGGAGGUAGAAAUGAUCAUGGCGGACGGUAGAAUCGUCACAACGACAAAAGACUACGUACAUACCAUUUACAACAACGGAAGCACGUCUAACGUUAGUGACAGUGAAUUCUUCUGGGCCAUUGCCGGCGGAGGGGGUGGUACAUUUGGAGUGACCACCAGAUUAUUAUUCAAACUCCAUAUGCCACCAGAGAAAGUCGUGAAACUAAUCAUAAUUUAUCCAAUGUAUACAGUUUAUGGUGAAGACGUCCUUUCCCAAGUGUUUGAUAAAAUCAGAGAGUUAUUCACUGAUGACCUACCAAAUGAAUGGGGAGGAUAUUUAAUCUUUGACGGCAAUACCGAUGAGUACUUUUCCAAAGGACACCUGACCUUUGUUUUGAAUCAUCUGGGAUCAAACACAACGUCAUCUUACAAAUACCUCGAAAGUCUCAUAGGAUUUCUACCAACAAAGAGAUAUUUUAGUGUCACGGAGUACCAAGCCUUUUUGGAGUAUGAAGAAACAAUAAACGACCAGCUGUAUUAUUUUACCUUCGUUUAUAACUCUCUGAUCCCUUCUUCUAAUUUGACAGAAGAGUUUAGAGAUUAUAUAAGACAAACUGUUUUAACCCAGCCCACUCCGAAUUCUGGCUCUGUAUAUACCGCCACCCUAAUUGGAGGGAAAAUGCGUGAGAUAAGACCGGAAGUUACAUCUGUCCAUCCUGGUUUCAGAGACACUCUCCUUUCUAUGUCAGGUGGUGUGGGAUUCGGACUUCCUGGGAUACCAGAAAUCGAGAAAAUUUUCUACAAGACUAUGGAAAGAAAUAUCGAAUUCGCCAAAUUUGGUAAUGGGAUGUAUCCAAACGAGGCAGCUCAGGCCACCCCUAACUGGCAGACAAACUUCUGGGGAACUAACUACAACCGUUUGUACCGAAUCAAACUCCGAGAAGACCCUGACGGUUUCUUCACAUGUGAUCAGUGCGUGGGGUCAGAAUUCAGAAAUCAAUUAGAAUUGAAAACAUCCACAUCACCAUCAUCAUCAUUAACAUCAGACGUGACAUCAGCAGUUUUCUCGACAGCUUCAUCAUCGACAUCAUCUUCACGGUCAUCGUCCUUGUCAGCUGAUUCAUCGUCAUCGCUCUCAUCAACUACGAUGACAGAUUUCCAAACAGCUUCUUCUUUAUCUACCUUAAACAAUCAAAUCUCUCAUGCUUCAACUACAUCCAAGUUAUCAAUUUUGAAUUUUUUCUGUUGUUUCUUUAUUCUAUGUGCAUACCAAAACUGACAGUUUUAGUUGUUAAUUUUUUAAUUAGAACUAUGAAAUUGACGUUUCAUCGGGUACGGUACAGGAGAUUCUUUUUAAGUGUUGUGCAAUAAUAAAUGAAUUUUUAGUGUUGAACAUUUACACAUAAGUAUAUACAAGUACAUACAAGCAGUAUAUCCGUAUAAAUCUGUAAAAAAAGACUGUUUUACAAUAUGUUAAUAAUAUAUACAAGUAUUCUUUUUAUGUAUCUUUAAACUUAAUAAAAUGACAUUAUUCUCUAAUACAAAUGAAUUUCUUUGGUAUGUAAUUUAGAUAUGCAGCACUGAUUACACGGGUCUUUUUUAAAAUGAAAAUUUAUAUUAUUUACAGUUUAAAUCCGUUAUAGCUUCCUUGAGCGGUUAGGACUGGUGCACAGCCUACUCCACUAGGUAAGAUUUGUAGUCUUUGUUGGUGUGUCUGUCCCUGAGACAUAUAUUUACCUUAAUCUGAUUUAUCUCCAUAAUGUGACUUUGUGCUGCACGGCUGUGAUGUGAUUCUAGGUUUAUAGUGCUGUUUAUGUUUC